AUGAAUUUUGAAAACAGAUGGGUCUUGAGAUCCGCUCUGAACUUCGCAAGUGAUGGAGAAGUAGUUAGAGAAGGAGGUAGAGAGUUCCAGAGAAAAGGACCAGAUUUAGCAAAAGAGUGUUUAACACGAGUUAAGAAGGAGGACGUGAGAAUUUCAUUGGGAACAUUUACAAAUCUAUAUGAAGAAGAAGAGAUCCAAGAGAAGAAGAACAAGAAAGAAGAGGUUCCAGAGAAGAGGAACAAGAAAGAAGAGGUUCCAGAGAAGAGGAACAAGAAAGAAGAGGUUCCAGAGAAGAGGAACAAGAAAGAAGAGAUCGUGAAAUAA